AUGUUAGCUAGAAUUACAGGAAUGGCAUCAUGGAGUUCUGGAAGUAGAAUGAUGACAGUUGGAGUAUUUUUAAGUCUUAUUCUUGUUUACGGAUUCGCAUACCAUCUCAACAAUUAUGAAGUCUAUAUGGAAGUCGAAACCCUAAAAGCCGACCCUAUUACGAUUGUUCAAACCAAAACAGUAGAACAAACCGUAACGCAUUUCAGUAUAUUGGCCUCUACAAAAACAGAGUCUGCUUCACCAACCUCCACUCUCGAUCCUACAAAACUUGCAUUUAUGGUUGAGACUCGCUCAUUACCACAUCUACCACUUCAACUUACACAUAUGACAAGUGUUAUUCCACAAGAAUGGACCUUUAAAUUCAUGGGCAGCAACACCUCUAUCAAUUAUCUACUUAGUUUCCAUCAUCUACAAGAUCUAGUAGCCUCAAAAAAACUCACUCUCAUUCCUCUUCCUUCACAAUGGAAUGUAUCCAGUCGAGAAUCCAUAUCUCAAAUGUUCACCGACCCCGAACUUUACAAAUCUCUCUCCCCAGCCGAACAUCUCUUAAUAUUCCAACCCGAUUCAAUCUUUUGCACCAAAGCACCAACUACCCUUAACGAUUUUAUCCAAUAUGAUUAUAUUGGAGCACCUUGGUCUGCAAAAUCUACUCAUGGAGGAAAUGGAGGUCUUUCACUUCGUCGCGUAUCAUCCAUAUUACGAGUAUUAGAAAAUGAAAGACGAAAACCUGGAGAUGGAGCGCUUGAAGAUUUAUGGCUUAGUAACGCGCUCAAUAGAUUGGAAGGGAGUAAGAUGGCGAAUGCGGAAGUGAGCAAAACUUUUAGUGUGGAAAGUGUUUGGGAUGAUGCUCCUUUGGGUUAUCAUAUUGGGUGGUUGGGAGUACAUCAUGAACAGAUAUGGGAUAAACCCAACUACGUCUCCCACAUAAUGAACUACUGUCCCGAAGUUAAAAUUAUCCUAGGCAUGAAAAUAGAUAAUGAUAAACCUCAAGGAGUUUCUUAA